AUGCACAUCAGGUUUGAGAAGAAAGCCAACACAAAAUGUGACAGUGACAUAUUGUCACUGUCCUGGAUGGGAAGAGUUCCAGAUAAUGCAGAAGAAGAAGGAUGGAACUUAGAUGGACGUAAUUACUACAAACAAGGAUGGUUGGCUACAGGCAAUUCUCAAGGGGUUGUUGGUGUUACAUUCACUUCUAUACCAACAAAUAGUGGACCAAACAGUGAAAGAUUACCGCUCCGCACUAAUUACAACUUGAGAAAUCAUCAUGCCAAGGUUGUACUUGUGAAAUGGAACGAACCAUACCAAAAAUUGGCAUCAUGUGAUAGUUCUGGUGUUAUAAAUGUGUGGGCUAAGUUUGAUUGUCGUUGGAAUGUUGAACUUAUCAAUGAUCGGAAUACUAGAGUUACUUAUUUUAGUUGGUCUCAUGAUGGUAGAUUGGCCCUAAUAUGCUACCAAGAUGGGUUUGUUUUGGUUGGUUCAGUUACUGGUCACAGGUACUGGUCUUCCAUGCUACAUCCAGAAGGAACAGUUACAUGUGGUGCUUGGUCCCCCGAUGAUCAACAAGUAUAUUUCGGAACUAGCAGAGGUCAGAUGAAAGUUUUAGAUAUUCACGGAGCUCCAGUAUCUCAAGUCAACUUGUCUGAUGAUUCGGGAAUAUCUUCUAUGUCUUGGUCUUGUGAAAAGUUUUGCAUGAAUGAAAACAAAAUAAAAUCAGAUCAUUUGUUUAAACAUGUGUUAGCACUUUGUUGUAAAAAUGGUACUAUUCAGUUAAUGCGACGAUUUGAUGAUCCCGCCCCAGUAUUAAUACGCACAGGUUUAUGUCCUAUUUAUAUGGAAUGGUCUAAUGCGAAAGAGUUACUUUGUGUUGCUGGUUCAAGGCCCGGAAGACUAAGUGCUAACAUUGUGCAAAUUUAUUCUGCCACUGGUCAAUUAGUUUAUUCCAUUAACAUGCCUCAGUCUUCGGCAAUAGUAACAGCUGUAACAUGGGCACACAAUGACCGGAGAAUUUUUAUAGCAACAGGUCCAGAAAUACAUGUUGCAUGUGUGUCUGCUUCGGUUGUUCCUUUAUAUGUGCUUUGUGCAUUGCGAAUGUGUGAUGAAUCAUUGUUCCCGUCAGAUGACAUACUUCCUAUUAGUAUUCAAGACAUUUUAACUGCUAUUUCAUCAUCUACUAUUUAUUGUGAAGUGCCCAAGUUGUCAGAAUUGCGUCAGUUUGUUAGUAGCUCACCAAAAAAUCGUCUAUAUUGUACAGUCGUGCAACAUGUUAAUGGGCCAGAAACCACACCACCAGUCUGUUAUGUACUAUACAUGGAAUACCUUGGAGGUCUUGUACCAUUACUUAAAGGCAAACGAAUCAGUAUGCUAAGACCAGAAUUCGUCAUUUUUGAUCCUCAAGUAGAUGAUACAACAUACGCUAAUGCACAGAUAACUUAUAGUAAUUUUGGUUGGGAUGACUCUGAACCUGAAUCUUGCUCUAGCCCCAAGCUCCAUCGAAAAAAUAGACACAGAUCAAGACCUGCAUGUUGUAAUCGAAAAUUGCAAUUAAAUUGUUACACAGAUGUGUUACCAGAAGACUAUCGUUUGGCAGAAGUUACAGCAAAUGUUUGGGGUACAGAAUUCCAUAUUCGUGGGCUGUGCGAUGAUUUGACUCAGAAACUAGGGAGAGUAUCAUACCGCACAUCCAUUUUACAUUUACAACCUCGUCAAAUGACACUGUCUAUUGUUGGGGAUGGGCAAUCUAUAGAAGAUGAUUCUCCGACCCCAAAACAACUUCAGAGGCGACGUAGCUGUAGUGUUGGAUCAUCAAAUCCAAAAAUUGCUGUGUCCAGAGUGGUCGAAGACUCUAAGGUUUCAGAGACAUUUGCUCACAGUUUACCAUCUAGUCCAGUUGCAGCUAAAAAGAAAAGUGGUUUAUCAUCUCCUAUAAGGAAACGAUUAAUGAACUCGCCGUUAUUUUUCCGUAAAGUCCUUAGAACUCAAAUUGAACCUGACUUUCAAAAUUUAGAAACAUUUCAAAAAUCUCAAAUAAAAAAUAAAAUUGAAAUGUGCACCAAAAGACAGCAAUUUGUUAUGCAAAACAAAGCACCAAUUUGGAACGAUUUAACUCAAGUUUACCAGUUGGACUUUGGAGGUCGUGUUACUCAAGAAUCGGCAAAAAAUUUUCAAGUUGAAUAUGAUGGAAUACAAGUGAUGCAGUUUGGACGCAUUGACCGCAAUAAUUUUGCUCUAGACUUUCAACACCCAUUUUCAGCCGUCCAAGCGUUUGCAGUUGCACUUGCGAGUGUAACUCAGAGGCUCAAGUAA